CAUUGCAUAUUCAAGGUGCGGAGAGAGGACACAGGUGCUUUUCUCUUAACUGUUCACAAAUUCUACAGGGAAAUAUAUAGUUUUUUUUAUUCCGACAGCGCGUAUAAGGACACCAAGAAAGGCAAUACACUUAAAGGACUUUAUCCUCAACAACUAGUUUGUCUUUUGGAACAAAAACUAUUUUUUUACCUGUUCUUUUUCGACCUUUGAUUUUAACAUUUAGUUUUUUUUAACAUGGCAAAUAAAGGACUUCAGCUUUUGGGUUUUGCCCUGUCGUUAAUUGGACUCAUAGGCUUAAUUAUUGGUACUAUUUUGCCACAAUGGAAGAUGUCUGCCUAUGUUGGUGAUAACAUCAUCACAGCAAUCGCCAUGUAUGAGGGUCUCUGGAUGUCUUGUGCGUUUCAAAGUACGGGGCAGAUACAAUGCAAAGUCUACGACUCCAUCCUGCAACUUAACAGUGCUCUCCAGGCCACACGAGCUCUGAUGAUCGUAGGCAUCAUUGUCACUGUUUUUGGCCUUGGUGUGUCCACUAUGGGCAUGAAGUGCACAAACUGUGGAGGUGACGACAAGACCAAGAAGUCUCGCAUCGCCAUGACUGGUGGGAUCAUCCUGGUGAUUGGAGCACUUUGUUCCAUUGUUGCCUGCUCGUGGUUCGCCCACAGGAUCAUCCAGGACUUCUACAACCCCUUCACUCCUGUCAACACCAAGUACGAGUUUGGCUCUGCCAUCUUCAUCGCCUGGGCUGGUGCCUUCCUGGACAUCCUGGGAGGGGCCAUGCUGGCGGCGUCGUGCCCCAGGGGCAAGCCUUCACCAAAAUAUCCCAUCUCCAGACCGCCCAGCAGCACUAAAGAGUAUGUUUAAGAUGCAUCCUUGGCCCACAGCGUUAAGGGUUUUUCAGUUGGUGUCUGUGGGUGUUUACCUUCAAAUGUACAAGUACAAUCUCUUCCCAGUUGCUCUUAAGGUGCAUGCUAGAAGAAGCCCAGACAAAACCUGGUCCAGCCUUAAGGUUUAGGGGCGAAAUAAUUUUACUCUUCCCUAUCAACAGGGACAACGGUCCAUAGCUAAGCUCAGGGAAGGUUCCUGUGUUUUGAUCCCAAAUGUUCUUGCAUUACCCUUUUACGGUAUAUGUUUUGUAAGUCUUUGUACAUAGUAGUGACGUAUCCUCUCGAUUUUUUUUUUAUUGGUAUGUUUGUGCCAGAAUUAGACUUGCAUGCAGCUAAAAGGUGAUUGAUUAGGUUUUAUCAAUAGAGGAAGUUGGAGGGAAAAGCACAGUGAGUUGAUUUUCUGUUUUUAUAAUCUGAAGCUGCAAACAUUCCAAAAAAUACAUCUCCCCUCAAGUUUGAGGAGGUCCCCCAGCUGUCUCUCAAUGUUAAUGAUCAAACAUGAAGUGCCUUCUUUAGUUGGCAGAGAUUACAUUUUUUUUUUUUAUAUAUUUCAUUUUUAAUUGUUCCUACACUGCUAUAAUUGCAUAAAAUCUUCAACGGCAUUGGUUAUGCUAGGUCUAAGGUUUUUUUUUUUUUUUUUUACUCUCUGUACCAUAUUCACCUUCUUGUCUGAAUGAUUUUUUUUCUUUCUGUUUGCAUAUUGUUUAUGGUCUCCCAACUUUGUAAUGUAGCUGACCUACUGGCUGACAUGUUGCAUUUUCAGUUACGCUGUACUGCAUUUUUUAAAAUCUCAUUGGUUACGUAGUGGCACACGUUGCAGCUUUUUACUGUAAACACAUCUUUUAAAAUUUUACCUGUGCUUUUAAAACCCAUAUGGGUUAGGCCUACAUCUAUACCAUGCAAAAGAUCCUAAUAGUAUGAUUUGCUGCCACUGUUCAGUAAUAUUUAACUUAUGUUGUAUGCCAUUAUUGAUUUGUCAUUACUGACUUGUCCGUCAUAACAUUUUCUGUAUAUAAUACAAACUUAAUAAAAAUUAAACUGUU